CGCAUCAACAGCACAACUUCCGGCCGAUCCUCACAGACGAGAAACAGAUAGCGUUCUCUUCACAGAUACUUGUAGGGUUAGUUAUUAUCAACAGUGUGAUGGAACAGUAAGGGUUAGUGUCACGGUACGUCUAAGCAGCGGUAGUUUCUUACUGUGGAUAAAUCAUUGCAACACGGAUUCUGUCUUCCAGAAGGGUGAGUAUGAGCGAGGGCGAGGUGUUUCAUGAGAAACAGAGACUGGAGCUGUGCGCUAUCCAUGCCUUGAACAACGUGCUUCAAGAGAGAGUUUUUACCAAAGAGACAGCAGAUGACAUCUGCAAGCGACUUGCCCCACAGUGUGUGAUGAAUCCACACCGCUCAGUGUUGGGCACGGGAAACUAUGAUGUCAAUGUCAUCAUGGCAGCUUUGCAGAGUCGGGGGCUCGCUGCUGUUUGGUGGGACAAACGCCGGUCAGUACAGAAUUUGUGCCUGGACAAAAUUCAGGGCUUCAUUUUGAAUGUCCCAUCAAGGGUGUCACUGGGAAUUGUGUCUCUCCCGCUGAGACGCAGACACUGGCUUGCGGUACGGGACGUCAAUGGACAGUUUUAUAACCUAGACUCGAAAUUAAAAGGGCCUGCCUGUAUUGGCGGAGAAGCAGAACUCAGGUCAUUUCUCACUGAGCAGCUUUCUCAGGACGUUGCAGAAAUGCUCCUUGUCGUCCAAAAGGAAGUAGACGACGAUGGGACGUGGCUGAAAGCAGACGACACCAGGAAGUGAUGAAACUGAACAUUCUCUCUCUCUUUCUCUCUCUCAAUGUGGAGUAAUGGCAGAGAAAAAGAGAAACACUGGAGCGCCGAGAAGCUUUAUGGAGAGCAGCACUACAGGAAGAUGCUCGCAUUCAUCCACACGAAGGGAAGUCCGAGAGAAUGAUCUAGUGUUGCUUCAUAUGAAGGAGCCAUUUAUCUGAAGUCACACUGGCUGUGCUUGUGGGAGACACUACUAUAGCUGUGCCAGCCGUGUCACUCUCCUCUUUUCUCUCUUUCUCUCCUCUCAGGAACUACCAUCUCUCACUUUAUCUCUAUCUAUGCACUCCACUGCUGAAGUAGAUCAAAGAUUUGUGUGUCUUUGUUACAACUAUGCACAGAAAUGGUACUUUAGAGUUCAAGUAUGUAUGGUUCAUUGCCUUUUAGACGUCAGUGUAGAUCUUACUAUGCAUAAACAAAGGAGAUAAGAGAUUGUAGCUCUAUCUCAUGCUCACGUCCUUUACUCUUUCAAGCUCUCUUGCAAACUGCCUCAUUUACAUCGACUCAGUGAAAACCACCAAAUGGAGGGAAACUGAAUAAAUUUGAUUUGUUAUUUAUUUGAAUUUCUACUUGGACUGUUUUUGCUCAGUGCUUGCGAAAGAGCUGUUUGAAAUUGUCAUUAUGACUACAAAUGUUGUUUUGUUUUUGUCUGAUUACUAAUGUUUGUUGAUUUGUGUUCUGUUGUCAAAUGAUAUUUAAUCAAGUCAGUAAAUCAGUCAAUUGAAUUUGCAAAAAGGGUCAUAUUAAAUGCAGAGCCGGGUCUGAUGACUUUGGGCAAGUAUGCCACAAAAAGUGCCCAAAAUUAAUAAAAUAAAUGUGGGAUUUAAUUAAAUUCUUUUAAUUGUUUUUUUUAUUAUUUUAUCUUAUUUCCUAGGCCUAAUUAUGAGCUAAGUGCUCCUGUAGACACUAUACUGCACUAUAGCUGUCAGAUAUCUACCGUAUUGUGGUUGAAUUUGUGGAAAAAAUUUAAGUGUUUUA